AUGUCGAAACCAACAGCUCUCGCCAUCUUAAUCAUUGCUUUAUCUUACGCCUUCCUCUUCUCUACUUCACCAAAACCUCACUACCACUCACUGUUCCUCUCUUCUUCCUUCUCCGACAACGCUUCCGUCGCUCUACACCUUCGCACCCUCACGCUCCGCCCUCACGUCGCCGGUUCAUUAGCCAACGCCGAAGCCGCCGACUACGUUCGCUCCGUCUUCACUUCCUCUAACCUCAUCAAAUCACACGUCGUCACUUACCAUGUCUCUCUAACUUACCCAAUCCAUCGCUCACUGAUACUAACACCAACAGAAUCAUCAAAAGCCAUCACUUUUAAGCUCGAACAAGAACAAAUCGGAGACAAUCCUUACGCAAACGAAGCGAUUCCUACUUUCCAUGGAUACGCUAAGUCUGGUAACGUUUCUGGUCCAGUGGUUUACGCAAACUACGGUCGAGUAGAAGAUUUCGCUAGAUUGAGAGAUGAAAUUGGUGUGAAUGUCACCGGAAGCGUCGUAAUCGCUAGGUAUGGGGAGAUUUUCAGAGGAGACAUAGUGAAGAACGCGUACCGGGAAGGAGCUGUAGGCGUCGUGAUCUACACCGAUAAGAGAGAUUACGGCGGAGAUGAGUGGUUUCCGGCGAGUAGAUCGAUGCCUCCGAGUGGUGUACAAGUGGGUACUGUUUACAAUGGUUUGGGUGAUCCGACGACUCCUGGGUGGGCAAGCGUUGAUGGGUGUGAGAGAUUAUCGGAGGAAGCGGUUGAAUUGAGCGGCGAUGCUACGCGAAUACCUUCGUUGCCUGUUUCGGCGGCUGAUGGUGAAGUGAUUUUGAAGACGUUCGUUGGAGAAGAUGGUGAUAAUCCGGUGGGACCGGGACCUGGGAUCUUGAACCUGAGCUACAUUGGGGAAACUGUUAUAGCUCAGAUUGAGAAUGUUAUUGGAGUGAUUGAAGGAGAAGAAGAGCCUGAUAGAUUUGUGAUUCUUGGAAACCAUCGUGACGCUUGGACUUUCGGAGCUGUUGAUCCGAACAGUGGGACUGCGGUACUUUUGGAGAUUGCAGAAAGACUUGGCAAGCUGCAGAGAAUAGGAUGGAAGCCUCGACGGACGAUUAUUCUGUGCAAUUGGGAUGCUGAGGAGUAUGCUCUGAUUGGGUCAACAGAAUGGGUAGAAGAUAACAGAGAGAUGCUAAGUUCGAGAGCAGUGGCCUACUUGAAUGUAGACUGUGCGGUAUCUGGCCCAGGAUUUUAUGCCUCUGCGACUCCACAACUCGAUGAACUUAUAAAACUAGCGGCUCAAGAGGUCCAGGAUCCAGAUAACGCAACGCAAACCAUCUACGAAUCAUGGAUAGGAUCAAGCAACUCGGGUGCGAUCGGAAGGUUAGGAGGAGGAGGAUCGGAUUACGCACCAUUUGUUCAACAUGUUGGCAUUCCAGCAGUUGAUGUGCGUUUUGGAAAAGACUAUCCAGUCUAUCACUCAAUGUAUGAUGACUUCACUUGGAUGGAAAAAUUUGGAGACCCGAUGUUUCAUCGACAUGUCGCAAUGGCUAGUGUUUUGGGUUUGGUCGCUCUUCGGUUAGCAGACGAGGAAUUCUUACCAUUCAACUAUAUCUCCUAUGCAUCAGAACUCAAGAAAAGCGCGGAAGAUUUGGAGAAGGAGAAGUUAGGACAUAGCAUAGAUGUCUCUCCGUUACUCAAAUCAAUCGAAAAUCUAUUUACGGCUGCACAAGAAAUAAAUAUAGAGAAAGAGGCAAUUAAAGGAGCUAUGAAAGUAAGAGAGCUUAACGACAGAUUAAUGAUGGCGGAACGAGCUUUAACAGACCGAGAUGGACUCUCUGGAAGACAAUGGUACAAGCAUUUGGUAUACGGACCAUCAAAAUACGAUGACUACGGAUCCAAAUCCUUCCCCGGAGUUGAUGAUGCGAUCGAUAAUGCAAGGAGGCUAAACACGAAAGCAUCUUGGGAACAUGUUCAACACCAAAUCUGGAGAGUCUCUAGAGCUAUAAAACAUGCAUCAUUUGUCUUAAAAGGUGAAUUAACAUGA